UAACAACAGGUGACACCCCAACUCAUGAUGGCUGCUGGGACGGCUGUAAUUGGCUCUCUCCAGUUUGGUUACAACACCGGUGUCAUCAAUGCUCCUCAGAAUAUCAUUGAGGGAUUCUACAAUGAAACAUGGAGCAACAGAUUUUCAGAGCCCAUUUCUCAAACUACUUUAACAGCUCUGUGGUCGCUCUCCGUGGCCAUCUUCUCUGUGGGAGGAAUGUUCGGCUCGUUCUCAGUUGGCCUCUUCGUCAAUCGGUUUGGCAGGAGGAACUCCAUGCUCAUGGCCAAUGUCUUGGCCUUCAUUGCUGCCACAUUUAUGGGCUUCUCCAAGCUGGCUGCUUCCUUUGAGAUGCUCAUCGUUGGACGUUUCAUUGUGGGUCUCUACUCUGGUCUCUCCACUGGCUUUGUGCCCAUGUAUGUUGAGGAAAUCUCACCCACAUCUGUCCGGGGAGCAUUGGGCACUCUGCAUCAGCUUGGUGUAGUGAUUGGCAUUCUAAUGGCACAGAUUUUUGGGAUUGAGUCUAUUAUGGGGAAUGCCUCCCUGUGGCCCCUGCUGUUGGGUUUUACUCUGCUGCCAGCUGUGCUGCAGUGUGCCCUGCUGCCCUUCUGUCCUGAGAGCCCCCGAUACCUCCUCAUCAACUGCAACGAAGAGAGCAAAGCCCGUAAUGUCUUAAUGAAGCUACGGGGCACUGAAGAGGUGAGUGAGGACAUGCAGGAGAUGAGGGAAGAGAGCCAGAAGAUGAUGAGGGAGAAGAAGGUGACCAUCCCUGAUUUGUUUCGCUCUCCCGCAUACCGUCAGCCCAUCUUCGUUGCCGUAAUGCUGCAGCUGUCACAGCAGCUCUCUGGUAUCAAUGCUGUGUUUUACUACUCGACUGGGAUCUUUGAGCGAGCAGGUGUGUCCCAGCCUGUCUAUGCAACCAUAGGUGCAGGAGUGGUCAACACUGUCUUCACAGUAGUUUCUUUGUUUGUGGUGGAGCGUAUGGGCAGGAGACCCCUUCACCUCAUCGGUUUGAUGGGAAUGGCAGUUUCAGCAGUUUUUUUGACCAUUGCCAUGGCAUUGUUGGACCAGCUUAGAUGGAUGUCCUAUGUCAGCAUUGCAGCCAUCUUUAGUUUUGUAGCCUUUUUUGAAAUAGGCCCUGGCCCCAUCCCCUGGUUCAUAGUGGCUGAGCUCUUCAGUCAAGGACCUCGGCCUGCUGCUAUUGCAGUUGCUGGUUUCUCAAAUUGGUCUGCCAACUUUUUAGUGGGGAUGUGCUUCCAGUAUGUUGAGCAACUCUGUGGCCCUUACGUCUUCAUCAUCUUCAUUGUCCUGCUGCUUGGCUUCUUCGUCUUUACCUACUUCAAGGUGCCAGAAACCAAGGGCCGCACCUUUGAUGAAAUUGCAGCAAGCUUCCGCCAGUCUGCUGGUACAGGUGCUGACAAAUACUCAGCCCCGGAAGAGUUUAGCACCCUCAGGGGUGAUGACCCAGACCUUUGAAAGCUGCUACAUUACAUUACUAUUUUUAAUUAUUAUGAGGUUUAGUCUUAAUAGAAACUGUAAAAAAAUUAAGACACAUAGCCUGACAGAGGACAUCAACACUUUUAGUGCUUACCACAUUGAUAAUAAUGGCAUGCAACUGACUUGUAAAGUCACUAAAAGUAAAGAGUAAAGAGUAAAUGCUGUGCUGCAGUAUAAAAAAAAGGAUAGAUUCAUUAUGCAUGUAUUUGGUAGUAACUUUGUUAUUCCAAACUAAAAAAUAUAUAUACAUUGGGUUGUUUUUUUAUUGUUUACUUGUUUAAUUUUGUUUUGGAUAAAACAUUAUCCACAGUAUGCCAGUAAGCAGAAAUGUGCUACUCUCUGUGAGUACAUCCACUCAAAUCAUGAAAAAAAAUUAGACCACCCUUGUUUUCUUUCAUUUCUUGUUCAUUUUAAUGCCUGGUACCACUAAAGGUAUAUUGCCUGAAGAAUACAAUGAACACAACAAAAAUUUCAGCUGAUCACAUAAUAUUUCAUGUCCUAUUUCACACGUUUAGACUUAAUAGUAUUCCCAGAAUAUAUGAAUCCAUUUCAUGUCAUAAGCAGCACUGCAAUGUGCAAAGGCCUGGAGUGGUUUCCUGCAUACAUUCAAGCAGUAGCACAACUAAGAAGUUGUCAGCUCUCCCUCAAGCGACCGAGUGGGGUCAUUUAUGACCCCAGCUAGUAAUUAUAUUUGCCGUUUUUAUAUGUUUUAUCAGAAAAAUGUUUCCUACCAUGAAUUUGUCAAUCUACUUGUCCUAUAGCUGCUCGUAGUUUUUUGUCGAGAUCAGCCAACUGGUGUGACAAGGAUAAUGGAAACUUGUUUGGGGUCACUUAUGACCCCAGAAAGAUGUUUUAUUUAUUCAUUUUUACCUAUAAUCGCUAUAUUUCAGUGUUUGGCAGUGCACUAUAGCUGGCAGACCUACAUUUUUAGCCACAGCUGCCCUGGGGCAGACUGAGUGGCUGCCAAUCCACUCCUACAACCCCUCUGACCACCACCAACAUUACACAGCAUACACAUUCAUACACCAGUGUAAGUGGCAGCACUGGAGGUAAGGUGGGUAAAGUGUCUUGCAUUGGACGAACGGCUCUGCCACCUGAGCCACAGCCGCCCCUAAUCUAAAUACUUCUCUGCAAUGUUACAUUGAACACAUACAGAUAAGAUGUUUGUGUAGAUUUUGUUUUUAUGUACUGUUGAUUUACUAUUGAGGAAACAAAAGAAUAAAGUUUUAAAAGAAGUGGCAGACAAAGCGUGUCUAAAUAAAUGUUAUUGCGUUCUUACAAUCCAUCAUAUUGUUCAUAUGGUUUUACUCUGAGUCAAAAAUGAUUAAAAUCCAUGAAUAAUAAAAGAAGGUUAUUUUAGAAUACCCAAUAUCCACCAACAGGUAAGAAAGCACAAAAAGAGGCAAUAAAGUAGACAUAUUCCUGUGCAAAAUAUAGUGGGGUCAUAAAUGACCCCAGUUGGUCAUUUUAGUCGCUUGAGGGAUAAAGUCUAAAAGAAAAGAAUUAUGUGAAGCCAAAACGCAGCCAUUUUGGCACUAUUGGAAAUUGGCAUGAGUGAGAGACAGGUAGUGAGAAAACAGAAGAUCUCCAAAAUCUUCAGUUUUUUAGGGCUGGAUGCCAGAAUGACAGGUUGGCCUUGGAUUGGUUGGUGCUACCA